ACACACACACACACAGCUCCUUAAACAGAGGGAGCCCCUUAGGCCAGAGGAAGUGCUGUAUCAGGACAGUGUUCUGCACUAUGACGACACCGGGAAGUGGAAGGAGAGGUUUGUGGUGAUGAGAGCCAAUCACAUCCUGGAGUAUCAUGACAACCAGGAGAGCUUCGGUAAAGGUGUUCCGGCCAGACAGAGACUCCUACCAACAGGGGGCGUAGUUCUGACAUCCGAGGAGAAGUACACAGCGCUGGUGGACAAGGCCUUCCCUGACCCUAAAUGUUUGAAGGAGGAGACAUCUCCCCCCAUGGUAGUGGUACCUUCUGGUCAGUUCCCUGUGUACCUCAGACUGCCCUGA